AUGAAUUGCGAUAUUUGUCAGCGGAUGCACCACCCGUCGAGGUUACCCUUCUUCUGCGCGGUGGAUGCAAGGAACGAACUAUACGAGAGACGAAUAGCUAAUGCUCGUAUUCUUAUGGAAGCCGAGGAGCUCGAGUCUCGAGUCACCAAGCAAUUGUCAGAUAACGAUGCGAGUGCCGGAAACCUCGUAAACGAUCGCUCUACUCGAGCCUACGUAGAGAACUGCAUCUCGGAGGAACGUAAGGCCAAAGAGAGAACAGCGCAGAUCAUAGCGACGGCAGAUAAGCUCCGCGAAGAGGUUGACGCUGCAAAGAAAGAGAUACAGGAGCGCAAGGCUAGCAUCGCCCGUAAGAAGUCAGAUCUUGUCGUCGCAGCCCAGGGUGUUCCAGUGCGACGAAACCGGGAGCUUGAGGAGACUAAGAAGGCCGCGAAAAUGGCCAAGUAUACUUGGGACCGAGAGUACGACGCCAUGACUCAGUAUCGCGCCGCUCUGUGCAUGGAAGUAGCCAAAUUAUAUAGACUACAGCGCGUCCGUCGCGGGAAUCCCGUCCGGUUCGAGUAUAAGAUUGGAGGCAUCGAUAUCGUCGACCUACACAAUUUGAACAGCGCGCAACCUGAACUUAUCUCCGCUUCACUCGCGCAUAUCACCCACCUAUUAUGGCUUACCUCUCACUACCUAUCUAUUCGCCUCCCGGCAGAAUUUACACUACCGCACAAUGACUAUCCCAAACCUACCAUAUUUUCCUUGGCGUCUUCCUACCACCACGGCGAUGUUGCAUUUCCCGGUACCUCUCUCCUACCCCCUGAUCCACGUGACCGUCAAUUUGCCCAUGUCCCACACCCUCGACCCCUUUUUCUUGAGAAGCCCCUGUCGGUCCUCAGCAAGGAAGAUCCGUCAGCGUACAAUUCCUUCCUCGAAGCAGUUUGUCUGCUGGCCUACGACAUCGUCUGGCUCUGCCGAACACAAGGCGUGCCCAUGAGCGAUAACAGCAAUAGUCUUGAAGACUUCUCCUGCCUAGGACGCAACUUAUAUAAUCUCCUAAUCAACUCCUCCUUGCAACGCAACCCCCAGCAGAUAGCAGAAGCACCUGCCCAAACCAAUGGCAACAACCCGGCGGAACUGGGUAGAACAGCGCCUCGCAUGGGGCUGUACUCGCACGGCACGGCCCACACUUUUCUCGGCAGCGCGGCGGGAAAUGAUCUUACGCGUAGCUUUAAGAUGCCUACCGUGAUUAAGAUGGUCGACAAGCUGAAAGCCAAGUUAUUGCGCGAGAACCCGGUUCCAGAGUGGGAGUUGCUGGAAGACGAUGCAUGGACACCAGACGACGCGCUUGAUGACGGCGUGCUAGUUGGUGGGACUCCAAACAAAGGACAGCCCGGCAUCCCAGGCCACCGCUUCGGCAUCGAGAGUUAUAUGAGCGUCAACACCGUUAAGAGUGGUAGUAGUGGUGAUCAUAAUAAUUCGAGAGUGCCUAAUGGGGCCGUUGCAGGAAGAGAACGCGAGAGGGAAAAGGGUACCAGCGGUUGGACUAAGAUAAAGCCUCGAUAG